UAUGUGCUAUGUGCCGGGCCCGGUGCUAGCUUCCGUGGGGGACACAGAUUUUGUCUAUGGAAGGGGGAAGUGUACUAAGCAAGGUCCGUCAGGAGCUCAUGGGACACGCUUUGGAGAUGAUAAACUUGAAGAUCUUGAGGAGGCAAAUCCUUUCUCCUUUAAAGAGUUUCUGAAAACCAAGAACCUCGUCCUGUCGAAAGAGGACACAGGCAGCAGUAGGAUUUACUCAAAGGACACCUCGAGGCACUCCUUGGGUCUCGACCACAACUCCCAAACCGUGGGCUAUGGCCUGGAAUACCAGCAGCCGUUUUUCGAAGACCCGACAGGGGCUGGUGACCUCCUGGACGAGGAGGAGGAGGACGACGACGGGUGGAACGGGGCCUACCUGCCAUCCGCUGUGGAGCAGACUCAUUCCUCGAGGGUCACUGCCAGCACAUCGCCCUGCGGCACUUACCUUUCCUUUUUCUCCACCCCACCGGAGUUGGCUGGGCCCGAGUCUCUGCCCCCAUGGACAGUGAGUGACACUGAGUCUCGUGUCUCUCUGGCAUCUCCGGCAGGGAGUCCUGGCACAGACUUUGAGGCUCAUGGGGAGUCCCUAGGAGACCGGCACCUGCGGACGCUGCAGAUAAGUUACGAAGCACUGAAAGAUGAAAAUUCUAAGCUAAGAAGAAAACUGAAUGAGGUUCAGAGCUUCUCUGAAACUCAAACAGAAAUGGUGAGAACACUUGAGCGUAAAUUAGAAGCAAAAACAAUGAAGGAGGAGAGCGACUACCAUGACCUGGAGUCGGUGGUCCAGCAGGUGGAGCAGAACCUGGAGCUGAUGACCAAACGGGCUGUAAAGGCAGAAAACCAAGUCAUGAAACUGAAACAGGAAAUAAGUUUGCUCCAGGCCCAGGUCUCCAACUUUCAGCGUGAGAAUGAAGCCCUGCGGUCGGGCCAGGGCGCCAGCCUGACGGUGGUGAAACAGAACACUGACGUGGCCUUGCAGAACCUCCACGCCGUUAUGAACAGCGCGCAUGCUUCCAUAAAGCAGCUGGUUUCUGGAGCUGAAACAUUGAAUCUUGUUGCUGAAAUCCUUAAAUCGAUAGACAGAAUUUCCGAAAUUAAAGAUGAGGAGGAGGACUCUUGAGAACCACUGGGGUGCCUCCAGCUGAGUGUCCCAAGUGCACCUAAGAUCACCACUGCUCUAUCUGACCAUGCAACUGUGUCUUUCAAUACAGUCUUCACCCAGAGUAAAGUGUUUAUCAUGGGAGACUAAUAUCAUGACCUCAAACAGUAUUAUUGGCCACCACAGUAGGAGCAACUCCUGUCCAUGAGUUGCACCUGUAUAUGGGAUUCUUGGUGAAAUUCCUGCUAUUUUAUAGACUCUGAUCUGUUGGAAGAAAUUUUUAUAAAAGCCAGUGAUUUUUUGAAAAUUACUAAACAUGAGAACAGCAGUUCUGUAAUAAGUGUUUUCCGUUAACAUCCCAGAACGUGAAUUGUAAGAUAAAUUCAGUUGACCUCCUUGAUUUUGGAAAUAGAAAAACACUAAGUGAACCAUCACAAAAGUGACUGACUUGGACGGACAGGGGCUUGUGCCUUUUCGCUGUCACUUGGUGCCCCUCUGGCUCAUCGUUCACUCUUGCGGCCUUCGUGGGGUGGCUCCUGUGGUCAGUGGCCCACAUGCGGAGGCACCACUUGGUGGAUGCUGCUGUCCUCCCACAGAGACCGAGGUUGCAGGCACCCACGUUGUGAAGCCAUCUAAGUGCACCUAUACGCACUCUCACACCUGAGACGCUGUUCUUGGCUGGGGUUUGGCGCACACUUGGAGCAGCACCUUGCAUGGUGAAGGGUGGGACUCAGGAAGCUAAAGUGUGUACGGAGUGCCUUCUGACCGCUCCCCUGCUACGGGAAGGCAUGGCAUGAGCUGUGUGCCUUUGGCUAUUUUCCUGUAGAUUUUUUUUUUUUUUUUAAUAAAUUUCCUUUUUCCCUCUUGUUCAAA